AUGGUGAAGGAUACAGUAUAUUAUGACAUCUUGGGAGUUGGGGUUGAUGCCUCGCCCGCGGAUAUUAAGAAGGCUUACUAUAUCAAGGCCAGGGUCGUCCACCCUGAUAAAAAUCCUGGAGAUUCACAAGCUGCUCACAAUUUCCAGGUGCUUGGAGAAGCUUAUCAGGUAUUGAGUGACCCUGAGAAGCGUGAAGCAUAUGACAAAUACGGCAAAGAGGGAGUGCCACAAGACUUCAUGGUUGACCCUGCAACUGUGUUUGGAAUGAUGUUCGGGAGUGAAUAUUUUGAAGAUUAUGUUGGGCAGCUUGCAUUGGCUACCAUGGCAUCUGUUGAAGUUGAUCAAAAAUUAGCUCCUGAAGUUCAAAAACAGAAAAUUCAGGAGAAGAUAAAGGCAUUGCAAAAGGAAAGGGAAGAGAAGCUCAUAGUACUUCUGAAAAAUCGUCUACUACCAUUUGUUGAAGGUCAAACUACUGAGUUUGUGGAAUGGGCAAAAUCUGAAGCCCGUCGUCUUUCUCAAGCCGCUUUUGGUGAGGCAAUGCUGCAUACUGUUGGUUACAUUUACGCAAGGCAAGCUGCAAGAGAAAUCGGGAAGGGCAAGCGUUACAUGAAGGUUCCGUUUCUUGCAGAGUGGGUGCGGGACAAAGGACAUUGGAUAAAAUCUCAAGUUUCAGCAGCGUCAGCUGCCGUGUCCUUGAUUCAAAUACAGGAGGAGUUGGAGAAGUCGGGUGAAGGAGAGAUUAAGGAUGAGCAUACCAUCAAAAUAUUGGAAGAAAAGGCAGAUGCAAUGGUUAAUUCCCUUUGGCAGAUUAACGUGGUAGAUAUUGAGUCAACUUUAUCUCAUGUUUGCCAAGCGGUUCUCAAAGAUCCCAGUGUUUCCAAGGAUGUUCUCAAGCUGCGAGCCCGAGGAAUGCGGAAACUUGGAACAAUUUUCCAAGGUGCAAAGGCCAAUUAUGCUAGAGAAAACGGUUUACGACAUGAAACUACAGAUCGCCUAGAUGGUGCUACAUCAUCUAAGUGA